UGCAGCACGCAAGACAAACAGGCCUCAGUGGAUAGUCGUCGAGUAGUGCCCCAAAACGUCCCAUAAGCGUAUAUCGCGAACCCACGCCAAACGUACUCGAAGUACUCACCUCACGUCACACCGCUACAAAUGUAGGGCUUCAGAUUGUUGGUGUGGCGGCAUGCUGCCAAUGCAGCAAGCUGUCCGGGUGGCUUGAGUAGAUGGGAGAGGUGGUCUGACCGGGUGUGACAGGCCGCGGCCAGCGGAAGUCUCAGGCGAGAACUUCUCCACCAUGCAAACGAGAUGGGGGCAACCCCGCUGGGACUGGCUAGGGCGCUGACAAAACCAAACUCAUGGGCUGCGGCUGCUUCGGGCGGAGCGCUAGCUUUUGCUACUCUUGAACAAGUAGCGGUUCUUCGUCUGUGGAGGUCUCCACAUGCUGCUGCUGCUGCUGCUCAUGCGUAGAGACGGCUUGCUCUUGCUGCUCCUGCUCCUGCUGCUGCUGCUGCGCACCCGUAGGGACGGUUUUGUCUUGCUUCUGCUGCUGCCGCUCCUGCUCCUGCUCCUGCUCCUUCGCCUUCGCCUGACGGCGGCGCUCCCGCUCGCGCUUGUCGGGCUUGGGGUUUCUUUAGCUGCUUGGACCGCCGCGUUCCCUUUUCGGGGGAGGCAGCCCUGCUGCUUUUGCCUCUGCUUCUGCGGCGCGGCGAAGCCGCAAAUGCUUCGGUAAACGCUUGCGUUUCCAU